UUUUUUAACCGGGCCGAAUCGGAAAAAUGGUAAAUGAAAAAAGCGUUUUUUUGACCUCAAGAAUCUUCGGUUAAAAUAUAUGUACAAGUCAAAGACUCACCCUGUAUAGAUAAUUCUGGAGGUAGAUCUAUAACAUUAAAACUUGAUGCUGUUCCUUCUGUAUUUUCAUACCCCAAGCAAGUACAGGGUGACCACGGGAAGUAUUUACAUUUUUGAGGCGACUUUACUCGGCCUUGGCAAAUUAGGGGGGGUUGGGCGGGCGGUCAUUCACCUCCUUAGCAGUGGCCAUUUAGGUAUUCCAGUCGCAAUGGAGCCGUGGACAGUUCAACAUCGCGAGUUUACGUACGAUUCUUAUGUAAGAAACAAUGAUUCAGUGGUAGCGGCUCAGCGUGAUUUUCGCAUUCAUUUUAACGUAGGACGGCAUGGAGCUGUACCUACCCGACCAACGAUUAUGAAAUGGGUUACAAGUUUUCGGACCACAGGCAACAUUAUGGCGAAAAAACCACCAGGCGCUACACGAACAGUGAGGACUCCGGAGAACAUUGAAAGAGUGAGAACAGCAAUGAUCACGAGUCCUGGUCGUUCAGCUCGACGGCACGCACCUUCAUUAAACAUGGGACGUGAGUCGGUCCGAAAAAUUUUGAAACUAGACCUCAAGAAAUUACCAGAAAUUGUUGAACCUUCCAUGAAAAAAAUAAAACUGUCCUCUGUUGAUGUUGAAUCACCACCACCAGAAGUAAAAAUCGAAAUGGACGAAAACAUGCCAGGACCUUCAGAUGAGUCAUACACGGAUACAUUUGAAUCUAUAGUCAAAACUGAACCUGGCUUGCAAGAAGUCAAACCCCAGCCUGAUAUAACUGCUAGUUACAACACAAAAAGUGAUGAAGUUGAGGAUGCUGAAGAUGCUUGCGGUUACUUCGGUAAAUACGUGGCUGCUGAACUUCGUUCCCUCCCCUUAAAACAAAGAACUCUAAUUAAACAAGAAAUACAAAAUUGCAUCACGCAUGCAGUAGUUGGACAUAUCUCAAAUUUGGGAGAUUCAGAAUCGAUGAAAGAAGAAAAUGGUUCAUUAUCAGCAAGUUCAUCGAAUUCCUAAGCUUUUUGUUAUAUCCAUAAUACUGAAGAGUUAACUGAUGUAUAUUUUUUGUACUCAUAAUGCUUUUAGCUUCUAAAAUUGUUUGGUAAAUAAAUAAGUUUUUCUAA